AUGUCCACUGGAGGCAGGUUUGACUUUGAUGAUGGGGGGUCGUACUGCGGGGGGUGGGAGCAGGGCAAGGCCCACGGCCGCGGCGUCUGCACCGGGCCCCAGGGCCAGGGCGAGUACGCCGGGGCCUGGAGCCACGGCUUCGAGGUGCUGGGCGUCUACACCUGGCCUAGUGGGAACAGCUACCAGGGCACCUGGGCCCAGGGCAAGCGCCACGGCGUGGGGGUGGAGAGCAAGGGCCGCUGGGAGUACAGGGGCGAGUGGACGCAAGGGUUCAAAGGUCGGUACGGGCAGCUGGAGAGCACAGCCAGCGGCGCGCGGUACGAGGGGACCUGGAGCAACGGCCUGCAGGACGGCUACGGAACGGAAACCUACUCGGAUGGAGGAACAUACCAAGGCCAGUGGCUGGGGGGGAUGCGUCAUGGGUACGGCGUGCGACAGAGCGUGCCAUACGGGAUGGCUGCCGUCAUCCUCUUCCCCCUGCGCACAUCCAUAAACUCUCUCCGCUCCGAGCACAGCCACGGCCCCCCUGUUGUUCUGGAUGACGGCUCCACACCCACACCCACAGACGGGGUGGUGGCCGGCCUGGCUGGGAGCCCUGUAGGGCGAGGAGGGUUUGCCCUCACUGCCCCGAGCGAGGCCGACCGCCAGAGGAAGAGGAAGGGGCGCUUCAGGCAGUCCAUCUUGAGCGGACUGAAGCUGCGGCGCUCGGAGUCCAAAAGCUCCCUGGCCAGUCAGCUCAGCAAGCAGAGCUCCUUCUGCAGCGAGGCCGGCAUGAGUACCGUCAGCUCUGCCGCCUCCGACAUCCACUCCAACACCAGUGAGAGUGAGCAGGGAGCUCCUGUGGACGCAACUGUCACCGAGACCUAUGCCGGCGAGUGGCGGAGCGACCAGAGGGCCGGCUGGGGGGUGAGUCGGCGCUCAGACGGCCUGCACUAUGAGGGGGAGUGGGCGGCAAACAAGAGGCACGGCUAUGGAUGCACCACAUUCCCCGAUGGCACCAAAGAAGAGGGAAAGUACAAGCAGAACGUCCUGGUGAGUGGCAAACGCAAGAAUCUGAUCCCACUGAGGGCGAGUAAGAUCAGAGAGAAGGUGGACCGCGCCAUUGAGGCUGCAGAGAAGUCUGCAGACAUAGCCAAGCAAAAAGCGGAGAUUGCCGUGUCCAGGAUGAGCCAUGCCCGUGGGAAGGCUGAGGCUGCAGAGGGAGUUGCCCAGAAGGCCACGGAGGAAUGCCGGCUCGCCCGCAUCGCUGCCAAAGAGCUCUCUCCUUCCUUUCACAUCUAUGGAAACGGUCAGUUGUUUUAUUGGUGUUUCUCUGUUUUCUCAGGUCUGGAAUGUCAGAGGCCCAAGCACCAAGACGGCAAGGACAAAGACCACGAGGUCAUCUCCACGGGAACAGACAGCCCUGAGCUGUGCACACCAGACACCACGCCCCCUGUAAUCACACCUGACCUAAGCCCCGUGCUGAGUGUGCCCGCCUCACCCCCCCACAGCCCGCCCAAGCGUGCCCAUCGACCGAGAAAUGCUUGCUUCAUGCGCCAGAGUGCCGUGGAUGACCAAGGUGGGGCUGAGAUCCAGGUGCUUGUGGAGGGGCGGGGCAUGGAUCUGCUUAGGGGUGGGGCUAACACUUGGACUGAUGAUGUGUAUCCAGACCGAGGAGGCAGCAGCCGCUCCACAACCCCUUCCCUGCUUGAAGAACAAGAAGGUCAAAUCAACGGUCACGAGCAAGCCCCCUUGUCCAAUCACAAACCACGGGAGAAAUCCUUGUCCAAUCACAAGUCCUGGGAACAUUCUUCUUCCUACAGAGCCUGGGAGCACUCCUCAUCCAACCAAAAGCCCUCAAAGCAUGCCUCUUCAAAUCACAAGUCAAGGGAGUACUCCUCCAAUCACAAAACAUGGGAUCAUUCUUCCACAAAUCACAAGGCCUGCGAGCAUGCCUCUUCCAAUUACAAGCCGCAGGUGCACAUUUUAUCCAAUCACAAGGCCUUGGAGCAUAACAUGUCCAAUCACAAGACAUCUGAGCAUGCUUCUUCCAAUCACAAGUCCCAAGAUUAUAUAUGCUCUAAUCACAAUGCAAAGGACCAUGUCUCCUCUAGUUACAGCCCUCGAGAGCAUGUCUACUCCAAUCACCAUUCGAAGCAGCACAUCUCCACCAACCACAAGCUUAGCGAGCAUGCUUUGGUUGACCAAAGGAUGGAUGGCUUCGCUGGGGCCUGGACCGCUGAGAGCUGUUUGAGGUGGAGUCCUGCCCAUUCCCGCCUCACAGAACACGACGAAGAGAGACUGAGCGAUUAUACGGUCGACAUGAGGCUCCAGUCCCCGGAGGUGCAGAUGUCACGGGGGCUGGGCCAGGAGUCUCCAGGCCCUAAAGGCAACAGGCUGCGGUCCCGGUGCCUCCGGCCCGUGAGGGAAGGAUCCAUGGACUCAGUACAAAUGCUGGACAACCUGAAUGUGGGGGCGGAGUUAGAGGAAUGGCCUCUGCACAGAGACCUCACCCUCUCCCCGCCCCUCAAGUCUCCGCCAAUUUCACCGGAGCAGGAAGGAGGGCAGCCAACCCUCAAAUCAAACUCAGGCUCCAGCUCUGUUCUGGUGGUUAUGGUCAUUUUACUCAAUAUUGGAGUAGCCAUUCUUUUCAUCCACUUCUUUAUUUAA